AUGGGGACUAACGAAUCGCCCGUGUCUUCGCCAGACCCAGAACCACUUGCGAUCCCCUCAGUGCGUCGCAAAAAGACAAACACCUACUCUCGCUGGUCCGAGGAGGAGGAUGUUUUGCUUCGUCAGGCCAUCAGUGAGCAUGGCGAGACAAAGUGGGCCCUUGUCGCUACGAUGGUGCCUGGUCGUACACCGAUGCAAUGCUCCACACGCUGGCAAGGUGCACUCAAUACGAGCAUACAUAAGGGCAAGUGGUUGCCAGAGGAGGAUGCCAUCUUGAUCAAGGCUGUUGCUGAGUGGCAAGCUUGGCACACGAGCGAAGACCGUGGUUGUAUUCCAUGGGCCAACAUUGCCGCUACAUUGCCAAGGUCGCGUACAGGUGUGCAAGCGCUUGCGCGUUGGUCAGAAGCACUUGACCCUCGCAUCAAGAAGGGGAAAUGGACAGCUGAGGAGGACGCUAGCUUGAUGUAUGGUAUUCAGCAGCACGGCAAGACUUGGAUCAAGGUCGCUGAUGCAGUUCGCGGGCGAACUCAGCGACAGUGCCGAACACGCUUCAUGCAGAUUUCGGAGAAGAAGGUCAAGGAGAAGCAACUUGCCCUUGCACCACAGAUGAGAGCGUCUGGCGGUUGGAGUGAAUAG